AUGGGUAGAGGCACUGCAUUUAAAGUUACCACGGAUAUGAAUCAUUGUAAUAUAGGACUAGUAAAAUGGUUUGAUAAUAAAGCAGUUACUCUUGGUUCUAAUUACGUAACAUCUGGGGAUGUUGACAAAGUUGAGCGUUGGGACAAAAAGAAAAAGGCAUAUGUAGAAAUCGAAAGACCAGAAAUUGUGAGAAGAUAUGAUUCAAUGGGCGGUGUUGACAAAAUGGAUCAGUUGAUCAGUUACUAUCGUAUUUUAAUUAGAUCGCGAAAAUGGACAUUACGAAUGGCUAUGCAUGCAUUCGAUAUUGCCAUUACAAACAGUUGGAUUCAAUAUACCAAAGAGGCUGAGCAGUUGAAUAUCCCUAAAAAAAAUGUAUUAGAUUUAUUACAUUUUAGAAUAAAUUUAGCGAAAGAUUUGAUAACUUUCGAAAAGCCAAUAACACCAAAACGUAAAGGACGUCCGUUGUCAACCCCAUCAAAUGAAUCAGUAAAUGAACCAUCUCAAACGUACAAAAUACCAAAAGUAGACUCUCAAAGACCCACAGAAGCAGUUAGAACAGAUACUAUUGACCAUCUACCAGAAUUAGAUGAUAGGAAAUAUGCCACAAAAUGUAAAAACAAAAAGAGUGAAGGACGAAGAACCCACGUGUAUUGUUUAAAGUGCAAUGUCCAUCUUUGUCUCGACAAAAAAAGUAAUUAUUUUAAAAAUUUUCAUGUUAACAAAUAA